AUGGGUGUUCAUUCAUUAUGGGAUAUAGUGUCGCCUGUGGCUAAACCGGUUCGGUUAGAGUCCCUCAAUGAGAGGAGAAUGGCAGUCGAUGCCUCCAUUUGGAUUUAUCAGUUUCUUAAAGCGAUGAGAAAUAAGGAAGGUGAUGCCUUGAGAAACGCCCAUAUCAUAGGUUUUUUCAGAAGAAUAUGUAAGUUGUUAUACUACGGGAUUAAACCUGUGUUCGUCUUUGAUGGCGGUGUUCCUGUGUUGAAGCUAAAUACAAUCCGUGAGAGGAAAGAGAGAAGACAGGGGAAAAGAGAUACUGCCAAUGCUACUGCUAGACGGUUACUUGCAAGGCAAAUCCACCAGUCACAGACAGAUAAAGAGUCUUCACCAAAAAAGAAGAAGCAGUCACCGGAUGAAAAUGGCCAGACAGGCUCAGAGACUGGAUCGUUUUUUUAUCCUCACGAUGAGUACCAUUUACCGGAGAUUAAAGGGUUCUCAUAUGAAAAAGAUGAUCUAAGAAUUACUGACACUGACGAUUAUAAGACCGUUAUGGAACAAAUCGAUGACUUAGAUGGUAUAGAUUUGGAUUCCAUCAAUCCAGCUUCAAAAGAAUUCGAUGAAUUACCGAAAUCAACUCAGUAUUUGAUUCUUUCAGCCUUAAGGUUGAAAUCCAGAUUGAGAUUGGGUUAUACAAAGGAACAGUUAGAACAUGUCUUCUCAGAUAGUAUGGAGUUUUCAAAGUUCCAGAUUGAAAUGGUUAAAAGAAGGAACUUCUUUACACAGAAAUUAAUGAAUGUAACUGGAAUGCACGAUGGCGGUGCUUCAAAAUUAGACGACGAAGUCGUCAACAGAGUAUCUGGACAAAGGGAUCGGAAAUAUGCCUUGAUACGUACAGAUAACGGAUGGGCUCUAAGUCUUACGGGUAACGAUGGGUCAGAAUCCACUAAGGCAAUAAAGUUAGAUGAAGACGAAGAAGAGGAUGCGAGCCAGCUAGAUUGGGAAGAAGUUGAUACCAAACCAAAACCCAAGAAAAAACAACUGGAUUAUUCGAUGAACGCUUCUUUGUUGCCUCGCUUAUCAACAACUAAGACACAAGGUGGAAGUCAAUCGUUUUUUGAUAAGAGACCUGACCUUGCACCUAGUACGUCACAUUUACUCGACGAAGAUGAGGACGACGGAACAAAUGACCAUCCUGCCGUUAAUAAUGUCGAAAAGGAAGACGAUAACGAUAGUAACGAAGAUGACUAUGCGAUGUUGUUGAAAGAGACAAAAGCGAUGUCAGAAUAUCAAAGAAGACAAAAAGAGUUACCGGUUCAAAAAAAUAUCAUACCACAGGUGGAGGUAAACAUCGAAAGCACGGAAUCAGAGUCAGAUGGAGAGUUCGAAGACGUCAACUUCAAACCAACCGUUAUUAGUAAUUCUGAAGGCGGGCCUUCUAAUUCAGCUGCGCAUAGACCAUCGAAUGAUAACACUGUUUCUUCGAUAGUGGAAAAACCUAGUGCCAUUCCAAUAAUUGACCAUAAGGUGUCCCAGCAAAAUCUUGAUUCAAUUGUCAGUAAGAUACCGGAAUUCUCUUUUUCAUUGAGUAUGAGAGGUAAGGCGUUUGAAGACAACGAAAAAUCAGAGCCAGGGGAAACUGCUCCGACAUCAACUGAUACUCAAGAGAAACAGGCUCAGGAAGUUCCAGCGUGGUUCUCCUCCACCGCCAAUAGAAACCCAUAUUCGAGCAGCUCUUUCGUCGCAGAUAGGGAGAAGAGUGAUGUAAGACCUGAAGAUCAGUACGGGAUCUUGACUGGUGAAGCUGCACAGGAGCUGGUUAAAAAUAGAAUUGGCUAUCACCAUCCAGAACUGAUAGACUUAGAUCAAUUAGAGCGGGAUGAUAAUGAAGAUGAAGUUGAAGAUGAUGCCGUAAUUGAAGUCUCUAAACGAGAUUUGAACGAACAGAAAUCUCCUUCUGGGAAAGGUUUUUCAACCACAAAAGACAGUACCUCCAGUAGGAUUUCUGAAGGUAACGAUUCAGACUCAGAUAACUUGGUUGAAUCCGAAUCUGCAGCUACUCGUGAACAACUUCCUAUUUUAGACUACGACUUUUAUGAAGAUGAAGAAGAACGCCUAGCUGAGCAACUAACGAGGGAACAAGAAGACUACAACCACUUCAAAUCUACUUUGAAUCCAAACUUGGUGAACACUGCAUUUUUAGAAGAUGAACUCUUUGAGCAGCAGAAGAAGGAUAAGAGGGAUGCGGAUGAAGUCACCAUAGAGAUGAUUCAUGAAAUUCAGAGUCUUUUAUCACGGUUUGGUAUACCGUACAUCACGGCACCAAUGGAAGCAGAAGCUCAAUGUGCAACUUUAUUACAGUUGAAACUAGUAGAUGGUGUUAUUACGGAUGAUAGUGAUGUUUUCUUGUUUGGGGGUACUCAUGUUUACAAGAAUAUGUUUCAAGAGAAGAACUAUGUCGAAUAUUAUAGUUUAGAUUUGUUUGAUCAAAAACUUGGUCUUGAUAGGGAUAAAUUGAUACAAUUAGCACAACUACUAGGAAGUGAUUAUACCCCUGGCCUUAGAGGUAUAGGACCUGUAAUGGGAGUAGAGAUUUUAGCCGAAUUCGGAUCUCUUAAAGAGUUUGCCAAGUGGUACAACGAAGGUCAAUUUGAUAAGCAAAAGCUAGAAGGGGAAACUGCUUUCCAAAAGCAAUUGAGAAAAAGGUUGGUUAGUAAUGAAAUCAUCUUGGAUGACAACUUCCCCAGUGAAGCUGUAUAUGAUGCCUAUAUCCACCCCACAGUCGACGCGGAUAAGACUAAAUUUGUGUGGGGGUCUCCAGAUUUGGAUAAGUUACGGUCAUUCUUGCAACAAACAAUCGGAUGGGAUAAGGCAAAAUCAGAUGAAGUACUAAUUCCUUUGAUUCGAGACUUGAACAAACGUAAAGCAACAGGGGUGCAAAAACGGAUCAAUGAAUUUUUCCCAGUGCAGUACUUGCAACAGGAUAAGCAGUACAAAUUAGGAAAAAGAAUCGAAACAGCAACUUCUAAAUUAAAGAAGAGAAGAACCGAAUGA